CUGAAUGUGGUUUCUAUGGAAUGUAUGAUAAGAUCCUGCUUUUUCGUCAUGACCCUACCUCUGAAAACAUCCUUCAGCUGGUGAGAACGGCCAGUGAUAUCCAGGAAGGCGAUCUUAUUGAAGUGGUCUUGUCAGCUUCCGCCACCUUUGAAGACUUUCAGAUUCGUCCCCACGCCCUCUUUGUUCAUUCAUACAGAGCUCCAGCUUUCUGUGAUCACUGUGGAGAAAUGCUGUGGGGGCUGGUGCGUCAAGGUCUUAAAUGUGAGGGAUGUGGUCUGAAUUACCAUAAAAGAUGUGCAUUUAAAAUACCCAACAAUUGCAGUGGUGUGAGGCGGAGAAGACUCUCGAAUGUCUCCCUCACUGGGCUCAGCACCAUCCGCACAUCAUCUGCUGAACUCUCUACCAGUGCCCCUGAUGAGCCCCUUCUGUCUCCUGUGAGUCCUGGCUUUGAGCAAAAAUCACCAUCAGAGUCAUUUAUUGGUCGAGAGAAGAGGUCAAAUUCUCAAUCAUACAUUGGACGACCAAUUCAACUUGACAAGAUUUUGAUGUCUAAAGUUAAAGUGCCGCAUACAUUUGUCAUCCACUCCUACACCCGGCCCACAGUAUGCCAGUACUGCAAGAAGCUUCUGAAGGGGCUUUUCAGGCAGGGCUUGCAGUGCAAAGAUUGCAGAUUCAACUGCCAUAAACGUUGUGCACCAAAAGUACCAAACAACUGCCUUGGCGAAGUGACUAUUAAUGGAGAGUCUGAUGUGGUCAUGGAAGAAGGGAGUGAUGACAAUGAUAGUGAAAGGAACAGUAGGCUCAUGGAUGACAUGGAAGAAGCAAUGGUCCAAGAUGCAGAGAUGGCAAUGGCAGAAUGCCAGAAUGACAGUGGUGAGAUUCCAUCAACAAGCAACAAUAUCCCACUCAUGAGAGUAGUGCAGUCUGUCAAACACACGAAGAGGAAAAGCAGCACAGUCAUGAAAGAAGGAUGGAUGGUCCACUACACCAGCAAGGACACGCUGCGGAAACGGCACUAUUGGAGAUUGGAUAGCAAAUGUAUUACCCUCUUUCAAAAUGACACAGGAAGCAGGUACUACAAGGAAAUUCCUUUAUCUGAAAUUUUAUCUCUGGAACCAGCAAAAACUUCAGCUUUAAUUCCUAAUGGGGCCAAUCCUCAUUGUUUUGAAAUCACUACGGCAAAUGUAGUAUAUUAUGUGGGAGAAAAUGUGCUCAAUCCUUCCAGCCCACCACCAAAUAACAGUGUCCUCACCAGUGGCGUGGGUGCAGAUGUGGCCAGGAUGUGGGAGAUAGCCAUCCAGCAUGCCCUCAUGCCCGUCAUUCCCAAGGGCUCGUCCGUGGGUACAGGAACCAACUUGCACAGAGAUAUCUCUGUGAGUAUUUCGGUAUCAAAUUGCCAGAUUCAAGAAAAUGUGGACAUCAGCACAGUAUAUCAGAUUUUUCCUGAUGAAGUACUGGGUUCUGGACAGUUUGGAAUUGUUUAUGGAGGAAAACAUCGUAAAACAGGAAGAGAUGUAGCUAUUAAAAUCAUUGACAAAUUACGAUUUCCAACAAAACAAGAAAGCCAGCUUCGUAACGAGGUUGCAAUCCUGCAGAACCUUCAUCACCCUGGUGUUGUAAAUUUGGAGUGUAUGUUUGAGACGCCUGAAAGAGUGUUUGUUGUUAUGGAAAAACUCCAUGGAGACAUGCUGGAAAUGAUCUUGUCAAGUGAAAAGGGCAGGUUGCCAGAGCACAUAACGAAGUUUUUAAUUACUCAGAUACUCGUGGCUUUGCGGCACCUUCAUUUUAAAAAUAUCGUUCACUGUGACCUCAAACCAGAAAAUGUGUUGCUAGCAUCAGCUGAUCCUUUUCCUCAGGUGAAACUCUGUGAUUUUGGUUUUGCCCGGAUCAUUGGAGAGAAGUCUUUCCGGAGGUCAGUGGUGGGUACCCCAGCUUACCUGGCUCCUGAGGUCCUAAGGAACAAGGGCUACAAUCGCUCUCUCGACAUGUGGUCUGUUGGGGUCAUCAUCUAUGUAAGCCUAAGUGGCACAUUCCCAUUUAAUGAAGAUGAAGACAUACACGAUCAAAUUCAGAAUGCAGCUUUCAUGUAUCCACCAAAUCCCUGGAAGGAAAUCUCUCAUGAAGCCAUUGAUCUUAUUAACAAUUUGCUGCAAGUAAAAAUGAGAAAGCGCUACAGUGUGGAUAAGACCUUGAGCCACCCUUGGCUACAGGACUAUCAGACCUGGUUAGAUUUGCGAGAGCUGGAAUGCAAAAUCGGGGAGCGCUAUAUCACCCAUGAAAGCGAUGACCUGAGGUGGGAGCAGUACGCAGGCGAGCAGGGGCUGCAGUACCCCACACACCUGAUCAAUCCAAGUGCUAGCCACAGUGACAGUCCUGAGACUGAAGAAACAGAAAUGAAAGCCCUCGGUGAGCGUGUCAGCAUCCUCUGAGUUCCAUCUUCUAUAAUCUGUCAAAACACUGUGGAACUAAUAAAUACAUACGGUCAGGUUUAACAUUUGCCUUGCAGAACUGCCAUUAUUUUCUGUCAGAUGAGAACAAAGCUGUUAAACUGUUAGCACUGUUGAUGUAUCUGAGUUGCCAAGACAAAUCAACAGAAGCAUUUGUAUUUUGUGUGACCAACUGUGUUGUAUUAACAAAAGUUCCCUGAAACACGAAACUUGUUAUUGUGAAUGAUUCAUGUUAUAUUUAAUGCAUUAAACCUGUCCCCACUGUGCCUUUGCAAAUCAGUGUUUUUCUUACUGGAGCCUCAUUUUGGUAAGAGACAGAACGUAUCUGUGAAGUAGUUCUGUUAGGUUUGUCCCAUUGGUGUUGUCAUUGUAAACAAACUCUUGAAGAGUCGAUUAUUUCCAGUGUUCUAUGAACAACUCCAAAACUCGUGGAAAAAAAAUGAAUGAGGAGGGUAGGGAAUAAAAUCCUAAGACACAAAUGCAUGAACAAGUUUUUAAUGUAUAGUUUUGAAUUCUUUGCCUGCCUCGUGUGCCUCAGUAUAUUUAAACUCAAGACAAUGCACCUUGGUGUGCAAGACUUAGUGCUCUUAAGCCUAAAUGCCUUAGAAAUGUAAACUGCCAUAUAUAACAGAUACAUUUCCCUCUUUCUUGUAAUACUCUGUUGUACUAUGGAAAAUCAGCUGCUCAGCAACCUUUCACCUUUGUGUAUUUUUCAAUAAUAAAAAAUAUUCUUGUCAA